CAAUACAAACAUACACUGAAUUCAUUUUUCAGGCCUUUAGUCAUUACACCUCUCCUUAUAUUGCUCGCGUUACUGCUGUUGUGUACGUUUGUAUUUCGUGACAGAACCUACCCAGAUCUGACAGUUACUAUUGACAACAGGCGUUUGUUUGACAUUAUGUCAUAUUUCUUCUUCUUCUUGAAUAUCUUGGUKGGGAUAUGGUCUGGACUUUCUCGUAUUGUAAAAGGUGCAGCUUUGGGCUUGGUAUUCCUGUGUCGACUUGAYMGSACRUCAAUGAUGACGGGCUAUAGGAAAUGGGACAGAGGUUACAUGGCUUACAUUGGCUUUCUUAAUGUCCUUGUUGCAUUCAGACAUCCCGUCAUGCUUUGCUUCUGCCAGCUUUUGAUUGACGAGCAACAAAAAGUGAAUUUUGGUUUUCCCGCAAGGAGGGAAAGGCCUCGCGUGUCAGCAAAAGCUCUCAACCGAUGGUUCUUGGCGAUAUUUCUGAGCCACAACCCCAGCCUUCGUCGCUACAGGAAACGAUCUGUAUUUGGUUCUGAAAAUAAAUAUCCCUCUACCACUGUUGACAUUUCAACCAUUGUUUUAGAGGACGAGCGAAUGCCAUGCGAAUUACAGAGUAGUUAUAUGUACUAGUAGUCAACUUAUAUCAGUACUUGAGAGUCUCAUUAUGAUUCACCGAGAUGACUCUGACAUAUAACUUUGUUAGAAAUGUGCCCCCCAUGUAGCGGAACUCUUUUAUUUUUUAGGGUCCCAUUACUUUUUUCACAUAAACUCGGCCACUUUAUUCUACUUUAGAUGCUCUCGCUUUUAUAAUGACGCUUGUUGUGAAGUUUAUCGGUAUCAACGUGGUCCAGUUUCUAAAAUUUGGUUGCGUUUUUAGUAUUGUUUUGUCAAAAGUUGAGUUACUCAGAAUAACAGGGUGUAAUUAGGUCGAUCCAAAAGUUUAAAAUAAUAGUAACGCAGUGCCGGAUCCAGGAUUUUUCAAAGGGGGGUUCCUCUUUGUUUUCGCAUUUUCCUAAAACGAACUUUUUUACUGUGCCUCUCGAACUGUAGCAAAUGUAGCGUGAAUGUAUUGAAUAAAAAUUCAUUGCACGA